UUUGGAGAAAGGAAAACACUGCAUUCCAGCAUAAGAACCUUAUCCCAUCUGUGAAACAUGGUGGUGGUAGUAUCAUGAUUUGUGCCUGUUUUGCUGCAUCUGGGCCAGGACGACUUUCCAUCAUUGAUGGAGCAAUAAAUUCAGAAUUACACCAGUGAAUUCUAAAGGAAAAUGUCAGGACCGCUGUCCAUGAACUCAAUCUCACGAGAAAGUGGGUCAUGCAUUUCAUUACAAUUUAAACAAACAUCAAUUAAUACAUUGUUAACCCUGCUCACAAAGUGAGGUCCCAGCAAUACAAGACCUCACUAAUGCUCUUGAGGCCAAAUAUACAGAAAUCCCCACAGCCACAUUCCAAAAUAUAGCUUAAAGCCUUCAAAGAAGAGUUCAGUUUUUUUUUUUUUGUUGUUGUUGUUUUGUUUUCUUUUGUGUAGCAGCAAGAGUUAUCCACUCUUGUUAUUUGCAGUCUUGCCAUUUUAUCAGUGGUAACUCAGUAUCUUUUAGUUCGCAUUGGCUAGUCGAAGAUGCUAGUAACCAUGGGACGCCACGUGGGUCGGCUAUGCGAUGACAGAAACUACAAUUCCCAAGAAGCCCUUGUACAUUGUGAACUCCACUAGCACUGGCUGUCGGGUGUUGUGUGUGCAGAGAGCCUGGGAGCUUCGAGCUUUUACACCACGUUAUCAUCAUGUUGACACAGCCACUGAGAUAUUUAGUCCGGCCCCUGUGCCAGCGUGUGAGCGUGACUCUGAGAGGGCAACACUCUGCAGCAGCGCGGUCGCCUGAUCAUGAUCGGCCCUGGACCGGGCAGGACAGCCUGGCACAGGAUGAUCCCGAGAUGUGGGACCUGUUGCGGAAAGAGAAGGACCGACAGUGUCGUGGGCUGGAGCUCAUUGCUUCGGAGAACUUCUGCAGCCGAGCAGCACUCGAGGCCCAGGGCUCCUGCCUCAAUAAUAAGUACUCAGAAGGCUACCCAGGAAAGAGGUAUUAUGGCGGUGCGGAGGUAGUAGAUCAGAUCGAGCUGCUGUGUCAGAAGCGCGCUCUGGCUGCUUUUGAUCUGGACCCGGCACUCUGGGGAGUUAACGUUCAGCCGUACUCGGGCUCGCCGGCUAACUUCGCCGCCUACACGGCCGUGCUGAAGCCCCACGAGCGUAUCAUGGGUCUAGACCUACCUGAUGGAGGACACCUUACACAUGGCUACAUGUCUGAUGUGAAGCGGAUCUCUGCUACUUCCAUCUACUUUGAGUCUAUGCCCUACAAACUCAAUCCUAAAACAGGUCUGAUAGACUACGACCAGAUGGAGCUGACUGCAAAGCUGUUUCGGCCCCGGCUGAUCAUCGCUGGCACCAGUGCUUAUGCCCGCCUCAUCGACUAUGCUCGCAUCAAGAAGCUGUGUACAGAGUUAAAUGCGUACCUGCUGGCAGACAUGGCCCACAUUAGUGGCCUCGUGGCUGCUAAAGCUGUUCCCUCUCCAUUUGAGCACGCUGACCUCGUCACCACAACCACGCACAAAUCCCUCAGAGGUGCCAGAGCUGGGCUGAUAUUCUACCGUAAAGGCGUGCGCUCUGUGGAUAAGAAAGGUGCUCAGGUGACGUAUGACCUUGAGGACAAGGUCAACUUUUCAGUCUUCCCCUCUCUCCAGGGAGGUCCUCACAAUCAUGCUAUCGCUGGGGUUGCUGUGGCUCUGCGACAGGCCACCACUCCAAUGUUUAGAGAAUAUAUUGCACAGGUGAUGAAGAACGCUAAAGCCAUGGCUGAAGCAUUGCUGAAAAAAGGAUACACCCUUGUGUCAGGUGGGACUGAUAAUCACCUGGUGCUGGUUGAUUUGAGACCACAGGGAAUGGAUGGAGCACGUGCUGAAAGGGUUUUGGAGCUGGUCUCCAUUACAGCCAAUAAAAACACCUGCCCUGGGGACAAGAGCGCACUCACACCCGGAGGCCUACGACUGGGUGCUCCAGCUCUGACCUCUCGGCAGUUUAAAGAGGCAGACUUCGAGCGCGUCGUGGACUUCUUGGACGAAGGCUUCAAAAUCGCUCUGGACGUCAAGAAAAAGACCAAGAAAUUAGCGGAGUUUAAGAGCUUCCUGCUGGAGGAUCCUGAGACUGUUGCACGGAUCGGUGAGCUGCGCAGUCGGGUGGAGGCAUUCGCUCGGCCUUUCCCCAUGCCAGGCUUCUCCGACCACUAAAACAGUCGAGACCGAGAAAACGGGUGAAGCUCCACAUCCGUCUAGGAGCCGUUCGGCUCCUCACAGCAGAGUAAACCAUGAGAAAUGUGUCGGUAUUGGGAUAAAACUUUUUUCAAUUUUAUAUGAGCCUUUGUUUAUUUCAGGCAACUAGUCGGUAAAACGCAAAGAGAAAAUGUUUCGAAGUGCUGCUUGAGUACCUUUUAUCUCUACACAGUAUUCUUCUGAAUCUUAAGAACAAAAUGUCUUCUUUUUUUUUUUUUUUUUUUUAACUAAAACUUAAAAGUCUUAAUGAGCCCAGUAAUUCAAACAGA